AUGAAAAAAAUGAUGAACUUAAGUAAUAAUUAAACAUCUAAUAAAAUAAAUGCAUUAAAAUGUAAUAAAGGACUAUUUUUGAGUUUUUAAGAAAAAGUAGAAAGAAAUUAAUAAAAAAAAGAAUUAAAAGAUAAAAUGGAUUAAUUAAAGGAUGAAUUUAACACAAAAUUAACAAAUGAAAAGAAAAGACUAAAAUAAAAAUAAAAACAAUAAGAAUUAAAUACAUUUAAAAGUUCUACUUAUUAAAUUAUUAAAGAUACUAAAAAAAUAAAAUAAUGGAACAGAAAAGCAAGAUAAAGUUUAGCUAAAUUACCUUCAGAAUUAUACGAAAAACUUAUAAAGAAAGAAUACGGAUAUUGA